AUGAGGCUCAAGCUCGACGCUCUCGAGGAGAUCUUCACGAAACUAAAGGCUACACAGAAAAGCAAGCACGUGCUUUCUCUUGGCGUCGCAGAUGGUCUGAGAGAAAGCCUUCGCGUGGAACUCGUAGAGGGGAUCAUCGUCUCUCUAAACUGUGUUGCUGCACGUCAUAGAUCUCCCUCUGACGACGUCGCGACGUUUUCUGUAUCUUCUUCGGUGACAGCCAAAGAGCUUUCAAGGGCGUAUACCGUGCGCUUUAAGGAGCGUUCCCAACAAUUCAUGUCCACCUGUAACGCACACCCACCUUCGAGAGGACUGGGUGGGAUUAUAUUUGAAAACUUUGGACAUUCCUUGCUGUCGGAAGCACCCAUCGAGUGGCGUACGCGUCUCAGGCUCACGCCGAUACGGGCAUAUCCACUGCCACCUUCCGAUUCUUUGAUAACGAUAGACACCCUAUACCAACAUCGCGCCCUUCUAGAAUUCUUCAGCGACAAACUCCCUGAUCAUCCAGUUGCUGAGUAUUGCAAGCCUUCCGCUAGCAACAACGCAACAUUCGACGCGGUUGUUUAUGCAAGGAACGGAGACCCCUUGCCAUCUGCAAGCGGUAGCGAGCCUGUGCCCCAGGCAUCAUCGUCUACUCAGACGCUGCUGUAUCCGGAGUCCCCUGCGAUGUCUCCAACACAGGAUUUCUCCCAAAAUGAACUAGAGGCGCUCAAUUCUCUCAAACGGCCAGCCGACUCUGCAGCAGGUGGCAGGCGCAGCCACAGGCGGAUCGCCGAAGAGGACAGUAGCGCACGCGCUCAUCACUGCAUAGCUCUGCAGAUGACGGUGUCCAACGCACAUGGGUGGAAGGAAAAGGGGUUUGUCACGCUUGACAGGGCAUUCAAGCCGGAUGGCAUUCGUCAUUUCGUUAUUGUCACCCCCUCGGGGGUAUCGUGCAAGGCGAAGACGUUGCUUAGACGCUUCAGAGCAGCGAAUGUGGAGCAGUACAGCGAGACGUAUUGCUGGUACCAUCUUGAAAUAAACUUGGAGGACACUCAAUGGGGCGCUGCCAUUGAUACUGGUGAUGAUGAUGACGAGCUAUUGGAGGACAGUCACGCGUAG